UUGUUCUUAAGCCGAAGAAAGCAUAUUCCUUCUUUCUCGUCAAGAGAUCCCAAACACAACCCAGAAAGAAAAACACAACAAAGCUUUCUCUCUUUUUUUUUUGUAACAAAUCUACGUCGCGUGUCCUUUGCAAAUUUGCAAUAUGAAUCUAUUUUGUAAACGAUCACAAAUUCGCCUCUUCUCUUGACUAUUUUUUCGUUUGUCUGUUAUUGGUUCUGCCUUUGAUUCUUAAGAACCGUUUAAGUUUGGUCUCAUUCUUGUAAUAUCACAAAUGGAUUCAAAUGAUGGAAACGUAUCUCAAAUUUUACCAAAGAGGAGUCUUUUACCAAACGGAUUGUUUCCGCAGUUACAUGUUAUAGUACCUGGAAGCUUCGCCUUGGAAGCAACAUUUAGUUGCAUCACCAAAGUUACAGAAGCUAUGCUUUGUUGGUUCAACAACAAUUUACAGCAAAAGGAGAUUUCUAACUAUCAAUGGAGAAGCUUAAGCAGUGAUGAUGAUUCUUCCAAGCGUUAUUACCCUAACUUCUCUCUGUUUCAUAUUCACAAUGGAUCAAAAGAUUUAAUCCCUGCCUUGUUUGGAAACAUCUCUAAAUCAACUAUUCAGCAUUUUGUUAAUGAAGCUGAGAGGCUACAUUCUUGUUCUGUCCUCUCUUUGGCUGUUUCGUUGAUGUCGGUGAAUGGAGUUGCUUUGUCCCUAGGGAGUAAUGAUGUUCAAGUUUUGAACAAUAUUGAGCAUAAUAGGUCUUCUUGUCAGGUUCGACGUGAAGAAUGUAAUGGUUUGAGUUUUCACAAAUUGGACACGAAAAGACCAACUGUUGAGCCUCGAACCGGUAUCGAAUUCCCCGUCUUGUUAAACAAAAAUGCAGCUUCUGAGGUGCUUCUUGCAACUGGAUCACGGACAAUGAAGAUCAUCAAAAUUAAAUCUCUAAAAGUCUAUGCGUUUGGUUUUUAUGUUCAUCCUUCGUCGGUCUGUCAGAAGCUUGGUCCAAAGUAUGCCUCUAUUCCCGGGAGCAAACUCGGCACAUGUGAUGACUUAUACAAAGAUCUUUUAAGGGAGGAUAUAGUUAUGAGUGUGAGGCUUGUUGUUAAUUACAAUGGCUUGAAGAUCAAUACUGUGAAAGAUGCUUUUGAGAAAUCUCUGCGUGCUCGUUUGGUGAAGGCAAAUCCCAAGACUAAUUUCCAUUGCUUAAAUGAUUUUGGUUCAUUCUUUACACAAGACAUUCCAAUCCCCGCGGGAACAGUAAUAGACUUUCGACGCACAGCUGAUGGACAACUAAUCACAGAAAUUGGCGGUAACUUGGUUGGAGCCGUCCGUAGCAAGGAUCUUUGUAGGGCAUUUUUUGGUAUGUACAUUGGAGAUGUUCCGGUGUCUGAGCAGACAAAAGAGGAGAUUGGUAGGAACGUUGCGGGAAUCUUAAAGAGUUGCUGAAAAUUCAAUUUAGACGACCAAUGGCCUCUGAGUUUUAGAAGAAGGCACUUGGGUUCGUAUAUGAAAGACCGAAUAUAAGUACUUAGUAAGUUGCUUCCAACCCGGCCCCGCCCAACUUUAUUUUGUAGAAACUCGGCUCUAAAUUAACCCUGGCCAACCAGAAAUCUGCUUGAUCCCGGCAAUGCCCUGUCCCUGCAGUGAUAAUAUUAUUCGACAAGCCUCUAUACAUGUCUAUCUAGUGAUAGUAGAAGAAUCGGCUCUAUGCAUGGAAUGUUUACACUAUUAACACAUUUUCCCAACUUCUUUUUACGGAAAACAUUAUUUAUAUUAUACUUAAAUAACAUUAGAGAAUGGUCCGCGUCCGGGUAGAUAUCGGUUCUGACGUUGUUAUAUUGAAAUUUGUUUUUCAU